CAUAAACUGUGACAUAAUUGGAAGGCUCAAAUGAUGCAAACCCAUAUAGGCCAAAUGAAAACUGUUUUCUUACAGUCUUGCUGCUAAACUUUUCCUUUGUUAGCUAAGCAAAUACUAUAGUUCUGUAGUUAACUGAAUACUUUUUUGCCAGGUCCUCCAGACAGAUAUGCUUACAAAACCACUUAGUGCCCUUCUCUUCUAGAAACCUGUGUUGCUUUUCAUCCUUACUAAACAGGUCUUUAAGCGUUCCUACUGCUUUUCCUUGGUGAGAAUGGCAAGGAUUCGGAUUCCUAGCACAGUCGUUAUACUUCUAAUUACAGUUCAGACUGGAUUCUUACUCUUCAUGUAUGCUCGGUACAGUAGCUUUAUGUCUCACUCUGAAGAGAAACCAUCACAAGUCCACAUUCUCAUUCUCUCCUCCUGGCGGUCAGGGUCUUCUUUUGUCGGUCAACUUUUCAGCCAGCACCCCAGCGUCUUCUACCUGAUGGAGCCUGCAUGGCACGUCUGGGUUAAGAUGUACCAGAACAGCGCCAAUGUUUUACACAUGGCAGUGAGAGACCUAGUCAGGUCGGUUUUUCUGUGUGACAUGUCUGUGUUUGAUGCUUACAUGCCUUGGAAAAAGAACUUAUCUGACCUUUUCCAGUGGGCAGUGAGUAGGGCUCUGUGUUCAGUUCCUGCUUGUGACUCCUUUCAGCGUACUGACAUAACCAGUGAAAUGGCCUGCAAGACUCUUUGUGGACGGUACCCAUUCAGCAAAGUGGAGGAAGCCUGUAAAACUUACAGCCAUGUUGUCAUCAAGGAGGUUCGAUUCUUCGACUUGAAGGUCCUCUACCCCCUUCUCACUGAUCCAUCCCUGAAUCUCAAAAUUAUUCACUUGGUCCGUGACCCCCGGGCAGUGGUCAAGUCACGGGAAGAACUGGCCAAGGCAUUAGCCCGCGACAACGGAAUCGUUUUGAACACCAACGGCACUAAAGUGGACGACAGCAAAUACAAAGUAAUGCAAGAGAUCUGUAGAAGUCAUGUUCAGAUUUAUGAAACGGCUACUCUAAAACCACCGAACUUCCUUAAAGAUCGCUAUUUAAUGAUCCGUUUUGAAGAUCUGGUCAGAGACCCCUUAGCAGAAAUCUCAGAGAUGUACAAAUUUGCUGAGCUUAGCUUGAGCCCCACGCUCAAAAACUGGAUCUAUAACAUCACACAUGGAGAGGGACCCGGGAAAAUAAAAGAAGCCUUCAAAAUUACAUCUCGAGAUGCGGUUAGUGUUUCACAGGCCUGGAGAAGUGUUCUUCCCUUCCAGAAAAUUAAGAAAAUUCAGGAAGUUUGCAAAGGUGCUUUAAACAUGCUUGGCUAUCAGAUGGUGGAUUCAGAAAAAGAACAAAGAGAUCUGUCACUGGAUUUAGUGUUGCCUAGGCGACAAAAUCAAUUCAGUUGGUCAUCAUUUAACCCAAAGCAAUGAGACAUUAUUUUUGAGAGGUCUGUUUGGGACAGGGGUAGAUGAUUGAGUAUUUAUCUACUGUGCAGCAUAGAGGUAAUUUGAACAUCCUUGGCUGACGAGUUUAACUGUUGUCCUGUCUAAUGAAUGGAAGGAGGUUGUUUUUUUUCUUCUGAGUUUCUUACGCUGCAAAGAAAAAGCAAUAGGAGAAAUGCCAUGAGAUACUUGUCAGAUAGCAAAUUUACAGCUCAGCUAUGCUGUUCUUGGCAUUGUUUUUAAAAUAUAAUGUAAGUACUUUCUAUUAAAAGGUGAAUUGUCAAAAACGUCUCCAUUUGAUAAUAGUUUGCUCUGGUUUUAUGCUUUAAAUAGUUAAGAAUCUCAGUUCUUAAUUUUUGUAUAAAUGGAACAAAGUAGAACUAAAUUAUUUCACUUUCUUCCAGAAUUGCUUAACUUCCUUCUUUUGCUUUAACAUUGUUGUACAGUUGUGUAUUUUUUUUCAGACUUAUUAAUAUUUAAAAUUUUAACAUAAAAGUCCUGCAGAGUUGUGCAAAAGCUGGAGAACCGUAGUGGUUCCAUUUUAAAAGGCAUAGCCAGAAACUUGUUUUGUUGAUAGGUUUCUGAGUGCUUUCCCCGGAAAGGCAAAAUUUGCAAUCAGAUACUUGAAUGUGAGUGUAAAAAGCAAAAGAUGAAGAAACUUUGAAUGAAAUAACUGGAAACAGCUUGUUAAUUCCACCCCAAUCGUGUGUUCUAGCACAGUAACACAGAAUGGGCAUGCUUUUGCUCCUGCAGCGCGAUUCUUGCUGUUAUCUUUUCUUCAGCACUACAAGUUGUUGUUGGAGAAGAUCACAGAGAAAUUUAAAGUGCCUUGGAAAUCUGCAUAUUGAUCAUACUGCUUUAUGGAAGCGAUCAAUUCAACUUCAGUAAGACUGGAUUCUUCUGGAUUGUCUGGAUAACACACUGCACAUGAAUUGAUGCUCGCAGUGUGGCAGGUAGGUUCAGUGGACGUGCACUGUAGUAUUAUCCUAUCUGUUGGUGACCAUGUGGUCACCUUUGAGUGGUGGCUAAACCCAAGCUUACAAACAACAACUGUAAAGUGUUUGUGACAUGUCUUAGAGUUCUUCUGCACUCUGGAAGAUGGGAAAAGUGUUUUAAGCUCUGGGCAGAAAGUCUUUGACUUCUUGCAGCUGUUUUCUUUUUCACAUGUGCUUUGGCUUUUCUUCCAUAAAACAGAUUUUGGAAGUUUC